GUGAAAAUCUUGUACAAUAGGAUGAAUAAACCCUCAAGUGACAAAACAAUUUGAACAUCCGUUUCGAUCGUAUCAUUAAGUCAUUCAGAAAGGUUAGAGGACAGCCAUGGAUUCACCUUGGCAAAUUUUAGGGAUAACGUCUGUAGCAGCUUUAGGAGUAUACUUUUUCUUCACCCAUGGAAGAAGAGGUCGAUACAGGUUGCCCCCAAAACCCUGGGGAUGGCCAGUAUUAGGAAAUAUACCUCAACUGAUCGGAGGAAAGGGUGUGUAUUACAAACUGCUGGGAUUCAGAGAAAAGUACGGCGAUCUUUUUCGAGUACAGAUGGGCACACAAACGCUCUUUGUUGUAUUUGGCCGAAGGUAUUUCCAUGAACUGUUGAUUGAAAAGGGAGAUAUUGUAUCAAAAAGACCGAGCUGGCUGUAUACCCCUCAUCAACUAACGCAUGGAAAAGGAAUUAUAUGGAGUAAUGGAAAAGCAUGGCAAACUAUGCAGGCUUUGUUGAGAAAGGCACAGGAAGACUCCACAGUUGUGUCUGCUCUACAGCGCCACCUAACGGCAGAGUAUGAAGAGUUCCAAAAUUACUUGAAGGACGAGUCCUCCACCUACAGUUUGGAAUAUUUGAUCCGCCAAGCGUCUUUUAACUUUCUCUCAGCUUUUUUGAUCGGAAAACGAUUUGGAUACAACGAUUCUACUUUCAAUGAAAUGAGAGACAAAAUAGAGAGUUAUGGAUUUUCUAUGGCUACGGUUAACAUAGAAAAUUACAUUCCCUUAUUGGCUUUCCUCAACAAAUCAAAAAUACAAAAGGCUACGAGCGAUCAGGAGUUUGUGUAUGGAAUCCUUCGAGAAAAUGUAGAUGAGCGUCGACGUUUGACCAACGAUCCUCCAGAAAGUUUCCUCCAAAUGUACCUAUCACAACCAGAAGAUGAACGAAUGAAAGAAGGAAUGAGCGAGUUGGAUGCUUUGAGGGCCAUUGUGGAUAUGUACGUCGGUGGACGGGACAAUCUCAUUACCUACAUCAAAUGGAUACUGAUGACAUUCGCGAAAUAUCCGGAUAUACAGUCAAAAUGUCGUGCAGAGAUUCAAGAGGUAACUGGAAGGGAUCGUCGCAUCCGGUUAGACGAUAGAACAAAAACUCCAUACACAUUGGCUACUGUAAAAGAAUUACUACGUAUGCGCGCUCCAGUGGUUCUGGCGCCAUUCCACACUCCUACGGAGGAUAUAACACUGGGUGAGUACGAUAUUCCGAAGGGCAGCAUCAUUCUAGUUGACUGCAAGGCACCGUGUUAUGAUGGGAAGGCUUGGAGUGACCCGGAAGUAUUUAAUCCAGAAAGAUUUCUUGGUGGUUCUGAACAGCUGUUACCGAAAUCCUGCUUUGUGCCGUAUGGAACAGGUUCCCGAUACUGCAUUGGAAAAUAUGUUGGAAAUAUUUUCCAAUAUAUGUUUACGGCCCACAUUCUUCAGGAUUUCCAGAUAAUGACCAGACAUCCAGAUACAGAGCUGUCCAUGGAGGACAACUUUGACAUAUUUGGACUUCGACCUCAACAUUUCGACGAAAUCAUAAUGAAACCGCUGGGAUAAUUGACAUUCAACCUUAGUUAAUGAAACCGCUGGAAUAAUUGACAUUUGUUUAACCUUAGUAAAUGAAACCACUUGAAUAACUGGCAUUUGUUUAACCUUAGUUAAUGGAUCCAAGGGAACAAUUAUCAUUUGUUCAACCACAGUUAAUGAAACCACUGGAAUUAUUGAUAUUUGUUUGAUAGUCUAGAAAAAUUAUCUAAUAAAUCUGGCAUUCUUAAUAUUUCAAGCACCUGUCCCUCACUGGCAGAUGAUCGAGCAUGCAUUGGACUUUUACCUUCAAGCAAUGCUUAACAUGUACAUUUCAUACAAAUACUCUAGGAAGUGGCGAUUUACGUUUAAUGCCCAAAAAUCUUGCAUUUUAAGAUUUCGAGCGAAAAGUGUAAAAGUAGACUCACUAUGUAUGGUAUCUGGGGAAUGAUAUCAUUCCUUGUUUGGACAACUGCAACCAUCUUGGCAUUCUCAUCAAUGAUAAGUGCAACUUUCAGAUAGGAUUAUCUCUGCGGGAAAAUUCAUAUUUCGCUCUUAAUGAUAUUGAAUCUCGAUACCUAAACCCUUUAACACUCUCACAAAUCAAUCUUUACAAAUCAGUUGUCUUACCUUCGGUACUUUAUGGAUAUGAAUUAUGGAAUGACAUAUCCUCAAAUGAUUUACAUCGCUUGAAUGUUUUCCAACAUUUAGUGGUAAAAUAUGCCCAAAAUCUUCCUACAAGAACAAGGUCUGACAUUUGUGAAAACCUUUUUCAAGUUCUUCCGAUACAAGCUGAGAUUGAUACAAGAAAGCUACUAUUUCUUGGCCAUCUGUGUCGCCUGAAAUUCAAAACUCUGUCAAAGAAAAUAUUCUUAACAAGGCUUUUUUCAUACUUUGAGAGAAUCGCCCGAAACAGCUAGGCUUUAUUCCUGACAUUUUGAAUUUAUUAUGUAUUUAUAUAACCUCUGUGAAUAUAUGAAGGAGUGGCUUUCGGUUGGAGUAUUUCCGUCAAAAUCAUCUUGGAAACGGAUUGUGAAAUCUGCAACCUUUCAAUACAAUAAACUCCAGAGGGAUAAUCGCAUGUCAGGUGAUUCAGGAUUCGACUGUUUCCGUGAUAUAUUUCAGGAUAGUAACCCUGCGUUGUUUUGGCGACUGUCUUCCAACUGUUACGAAAUUUCUCUAUGCCAGUUCAACUGCAAGUUGGUGUCAGAAUCUCCAAGAGUAACUAGCGAAAUUUGCUCCCUUUGUGGUGCUACAUAUGUUGAUCUGUUUAACCACGUGUCUUGCUCAUGCCGCUUCACAUAUGAUAUCCGUAAUCAAUGGUGGGAGGAUAUAACCAACUUCUUUUAUAUUCGCUUGUGUGUUGAAUUAUGUGCCCUUACAGAUGACGAACUCUGCUUGAUUCUACUAGGCCGCAAGCCGAGCACCAUUCUUUCCGCCUCCCACCUUCGGAACUUCCAGUUGCGAAACUUUCGUCUUGUUUGCGAUGCUAGAAGCGUAGUCUUUCAGUACUGGAGAUCUGCCAGUGAGGGAUGCCUUCCAAAACUUCCUUUUUUCAGCCCCUCCCCCUUUUAUAUCUGUUAUCCUUUUGUGAUAUCACAUAGAGACAUUUGGAUAUGAUGUGCAUAUAUAAAUAAUGGCCACUAGAUUGUGGUCACAACUUUUGUAAAUAUUUCAUUUUUCUAUAAAUGUACACAUGCAUUUCACUUUCUCUUGAGUACGAAUAUGAUAUGUAUUUUGAACUUUUAUGUUAUUCUUCUUGCAUAUUUUUUGUAUAAUGUUCAUCAAGCACUGUAAAGUGGAGAUAGAGUAUGAAUGAAUGAAACCAAUGGAA